GAAACCAGGUUGACGCAACAAUUUCUAUCCGAAGACCGUGGCGGCGAACGAGGCAUGUCCAUAACGUGACAAGUUCGUCUCCGUCUGAAUUAUUAUUUGGUCUUGGUGAUAAGCGGCCACGUGUUCCGAUUGGUAGGAGAACCGGCUUAUUGCGCUAUUCCCAGACGCGCGAGCGAUCAGUCUCAAGUCCCACGAUAACGUGUACGGACGCUUUUAGAACCAGGCGCUCGGAGAGCAGAAAAAAAGCUUCGGCCGCACAAAAAAAAAUGUAAGAGGGGUCCUCUCUGCGUCCGUAAACUGUAACACGUUUUCCGGUGUCGACCGUCAGGUGAAAUUUUUCGAAAAAUUCGGGCGACCGACGACCAAGAGAUGCGACCGGCGACGAGUUUGUGAAAAGUCGCGCGACGAGAAGAUUCGUAAAACCCGAUCAGAAAGAAGAAAUCCGGAUACCUCGAAGAAACAAUUAAAGCCUUACCGAAACGCUCAAAUGUGCUCGAUGGUGGACUACGAGAUGUUCCUGCCUCACAGUCCUCCGGUCUUCAGCCACAGUCCGCCGGCUAGUUUCCUCGGCGACUUCCAAUCGUUAAAUCUGAACCAGUCGUUCCACAGGAUACCCAAAGGCCUCACCUGUCGACAGAACUCCUUCCCCGCGUACAAGCCGCCCACUUACGCGUCGGUGGCGUCACCAAAAAGACCUUGCUUGGUGAUACGCCCGAGCGAAGAUGCACACGACGAAGACCCGACGAGUCCGACGAAACUGAAGAAGAGGGUGGUGUUCGCCGACGACAGGGGCAGACCUCUGACCCACGUGAGGGUCAUGUCGGAACCGUCCAACGUGCCUCCACUGUGGAGUAUGAAAUUCCUCGCAGAGGUCACCAGAGGUGUGAGCGCCGAGCCCGAAGCGCAGGUCGAACCUUGGGAGGUGACUUUUUCUCAGCCCGCGUCCGAUUACAUCGCGUUCAGGAACCAACUGGAGACGAAUAUGGUGUCCUUGGAGAACGUGAUCGUCAAAGAUGCGGACGAUCAGAUCGUCGGCACGGUCAAAGUGAAAAAUAUAUCGUUCCGCAAGGAGGUGUUCGUCCGUCACACGUUCAACGGCUGGAAGACGUACGAGGACAGCUACUGCAGCUUCAUACCGAACAACAUCGCGCCGGGAACGACGUACGUCUUGUAUGACACUUUCUCGUUCAAAAUCAAUCUGCAACCGAAAGCGAGGAAGGUCGAGUUCUGCGUGUGCUUCAAGUGCGACGACAGGGAGUACUGGGACAGUAACGGCGGCAAGAAUUACGUAAUUACGAAGAAGGCUCUCGCGCCGCUUUAUAAACCUGCGGGUGGCGACGCGAAGGACUGCAAGUCACACCACGUCGAGAAGUUCGUCGACGCUUCCCACGCGAAGCUCGACUCCUGGACGCAGUUCGCUAGUUGGAACCAUCUGGAGAAUUCCACGCCCUAUUGGUGAAGGCGUCGUCGAAAUGGAGACUUGGACAGCUACGAAACUCGAUUGAGAUUUUUUAAUUGCUACCCAUGGAGGCCCGAGGGGAUCGGGAGAUGACUGUAGGUCCGGAACGGGGGUGGGUGGGAGGCAGUUUUGUGAAAUUGGCUGGCGCGUGGCCGAUCCGCCAUCGAUCUGGUCUGUGAUAUACGAAAUUUUUAGGUUUUACUUCGGGUGUAAUCGAUAAUAUUUUAUAGUCAUCUUACGAGUGCCAAAUGAAGAACAUUGUUAACAAUUUUUUUUUCUGUGAAAAAACCUUAUUUUUAUUGUUGAAAGUACCUAUUUUAAGAAGACUGAUGUUGUCAUUUAAUACAAAAAAAAACGCUUAAAAUGUAUAUUUUAUUAACGUGAGAGGUCGAAGCGCGGCUUUUAGCGAUUUUGUUUUUACCUGUUCCGUCGUACGAUGUCGAUUUGUUUCUUGAUUCGCCGAAUUUUUCAUUAUGUUUUUUUUAUAUAUAUAGUGUAUAUCUAUGCUUAAGGUUUGUGCAAUAAGACUUUGACGAAAAAUUCGCGGAGAAGGCAAUUUUUUUGUAUCUUGUACCUACUAUUUCACAUCGAUCGUCUGUACAUAUAACAUUUUUUUAAUCAUGCCAUUGUUUUUUCUUCAUCGUAGUGCGAGGCUUUGCUGGAAUUGUUAUGAAUAUCUUCCCCCGAUGCCCAAGUAACAUUGCGUCAUUUUUCCGCGAAAUAAUAUGUCAUUUUUCUUGCUCAGGUGUCUACUUAACGACAAAAAGAUCUAGCAUGUUCACACGACGUAUCCCCACGAAUGGCGCCAUGUUCCCCCCGGCAUCGGGCGAAAGUUUAGUUAAGUCUAUGAUCUAUCGCGAAAGUUAUAUUUUUUGUAUGUAUGAUUUGCAACUCCUACAACGUUGUACUAGUGCCUUAUAUUCUGUAGAAGAUAUUGUACGAUUUUCUGUUAUUAAAUAUGUUUAAAA